AGAAGGCUGAUCGAUGAUAAGCAUUAACCAGACGAGAACAGGAAGUAACGAGGAAUAAAAACUGCUUCUGACAGGAGAAGUCUGGAGAAGACGAGUGUGUCCGAGUCCAACCGGGCAGGACGGAUAUUGAACCUGGGCAGAACUGAAGUGGAUCACAGAGGAAACAGCUGAUCGUGUCUCAGAAGCUCGUCCCCAUGGACCCAGGUCUCGUCUCCAGAGAGGACGCUCGUCCCUCCACCCCCGACGUCCAAUCAGAAACGUCUGGUGAGAAUCUAAAAGAUGAAACCAAAGCCCGUGCAGUGAUCAGGAGGUACCACGGCCUGAUGGAUGACGAGGGCGCAGAUGAUGUCUUCAUCCCACCUCCUCCUCUUUCUCCAUCCUCCAGUGCUCUUCUGCUGCCAGCAGAGGGCAGCACAGGUGGAAUGGUAAAUAAUUCCAGUGUGACCAAUUCAACUGGGGCAACUGACGCCACAGAAGAUAGAGCUAAUCCCGGCGGCUUAGACUGGCAUCAUGGUGAGAGGCAGUUAAUGGCAGCACAGACCAAGGUGGAUGAGGUAAUAGUCAGAGGGACACAGACUUCUGAGGAGCGUGUGGACGCCACAUCACCGUCCAACAUCAAGGUCCUCACGCCACCAGCUGAUGAAGACCAAACAUCUAGUGAGGACACUGUUUGUCUGAUGGAAACAUUUCAGGAUCCAUCAGGGACAGAAUCAGAUGAAGAAGCUGUGGAUGCUGUGAUGUGGACGGAAACCGAGGAGGACAUUUACAGUCUUACUGAGACAGACUCAGAUGUACCAAUACUACCUGGUCGAAUUGGGAAAGAUGAUGGUUUAGAGCCCAGUGGACCAAACACCAGUCAGCCUCAGGAACCAGAGACUCCUGCAGAGGAAACCAACAGCGAUGAAGACCAUGUUGACACCAGAUCUUUGAACUAUAGACUGACGAAGAGUGACUGGGUGAGGAGAGAGAGCGGCAGCAGCGAAACACAAGUGUCCCAACAGCCCACCUCCGAAGACUCUGAAGGGACGAAGAGGACAAAGGGGGAGACGGGAGACAGCAGCAGGAGAAUAGCAUCAGAUAUCCAACAGGGAGAGAAACUGCUUCAACGUCUGCAGCUGGUGCAGCAACGACAGGACGGACAAAUGAUGGAGACGGCCCAAGAGACAAGAGGUAAGGAACAGGGGGAGUUAGAGACUGAGGUGGAUCCAGGAGAAGUGAAUCUGACGGAUGGAGCUGAGAUGCAGGAGAAGAGAUUUCACACGGUCGUGGACGAGGGAGCGAAGGUGAAUGUGACCGAGAAGGAAAAGAACAAGAGUAGAAAAGGAAGAGUGUCUUUGUCCACUGAUGAUGAUGAAAGGGACAGAUGGGAGCCGACAGAUUUGUCUCCAAUCGAUCCUCGUGAAAUUCCCAAUGUUUCAUCCCAGCACAGUUUCUCAGCUGCUGACACCUCCAUGGAGAAUCAGAUCCAAGAGGAAAACCAGGCCAAGAAGAACCUGCAGACAUCUGGAGCUGUCUUCAAUCCCACAGAUAAUCCAGAUGUGCUGGAGAUUCCCUUUAAGACCAAUAUCUCCCUCGAGCCACUCCCCUCCCAGGUGGACCAGCGCAGCGAUUGGCAGUUCUCUGAGCACAAGAUGCAGAAGGAGAUAAGUCAGGAGAUCCAGAGAGAACUGGUGCUGGUCAGCCAGGGGAAGAUCCCAGGAGGAUACAGCAAAGAAGAGAUCUGCAAGCUGGAGGAGACCAAGCUGCUGUUUGAGGCUUUCCAGCAGGAGAACCCUGAGGGUCCAACUAGACUCCGGAAACAUCUCACCACCCUAAUGAGAGGAGAUAUUAAUCCCUCUGUCCUGGAGCGCACCUGGAGUCUAGAGAGGUUUUCCCUGGAAAGUUCCCUCAGGCGUCACAAGUCAGAAACCUCUGAGAAGACAGAGAAAAGUCCUGAAUACCUGAGAUCAAGAAGCCCAACCGGGGGUCCACGAGACAAAACCCGCUUGUCCCCUUACGCAAAACAAGACAAGCAUUCACGCCUGUGCAGAAGCAUGGACUCCAUCAGCUCGGAUUUCUCCACCUCCGCUGCCCAGGGGAGGAGCAGAACCAGGGAGGGCCGAGAAUCUCCCAUCCUCCAGCGUAACCCCUUCUUCACGCUGCGUCCAGCCCUGGCUCUGCAGCCGGAGGUGGAGAAGGACAUCCGUCAGACCCGAGAGAGAGAGGAGGAGCUCCGCAGACAGAGGAGCACCCUGUAUGGAGAGAACAGGAGGAGCAGCCGGGAGGAGGAGAAGACAGGAGUCACACAGACGCUGGUGGCAGACGUCAGGAAACAGUCCAGAGGGAAACUGGAGCGUGUGUGGCCUCCACCCUCCAGGAGAGACCAGCAGAAAUCUGAGCAGUCGCAGGAGCCCAAGGUUCACCGGGCCGGAGGUCACAAGGCUCCUCUGUGGCAGCGCUGGGAGUCCGGCCAGAUCAACGGGGACCAGUCGUCCCAGGGAGACAACUGAACCUGGACCUGCUUCUACACUUCAGAUAUCUACCAGGCUAGAGCUGCACCUAGAGGAAGAGGAAUCACUAGAACCAACAAUCUUACAGUAGUUACAGCUGACAGAUAACAAGUCUGCCUCUUUUAUCUCUGCUUUUAUCUUGUGUCAAAUCUGCUUUUUUUAUAUAUCCUAUAGCGCUGAUUAUUCAGCAGUUAAAAUAAAAACAAUCUACAGUCACAAAUUGUCUCUUUUAUUCUCUAUGAAUUGAUUUUUACUGUGAUAAUUUCAAUAAACAUUUUAAUAAAUAGUUUCAACCUCUAGAUUAAAACUGCUCUGAUGGGAAUUAUCACAGGGUCACACACUCGUGACGUCAGAGUAUAAAUUACAAUUUGAUUGAUUCUUCAUAUAGGAAAUACAUUUUUUCAUACCAAUACCAAUAAAUAUGAAUUCAUAUUCAAAACCAUGCAGCCAUCUGGGGUGAAUUGGAUUUUGUAUUAUCCACCAGCAGAGGUCAGUACAGCCUCAGAGACCAAGAGGAAAUAAUCCACUGUUCGUCCAUUAAGACUUGAUAAUGGGAAUUACAUUGUUUAUUCAAAGUAAUGAAAGCACUGCAGAUCAUUAUUAAUAUUAUUAUUACUGUUAUUAUUAAUGGAAAUUAAUCAAAACCCAGAUUCUCAAACCUAAACCUGUAACAUAAGAUUAGCUCAUCAUUGAAACAUCCUUCAUAAAACAUUGUUUACUGAAUAUUGAAAACAGUUUGUUUUAUGUAGAAGGUUCUGUGUCGACUUCUCAAUCUCCAAUAAAUCAAAUUAUUAAU